UUUUUAAAGCACCUGAAAACGACGAACCUCGGAAACGUUCAAAAUUCUCCUACUUUUUCAAAUUCGCCCAUCAGAUUCAUCCCCCCACAUUCAUUCCACGUCAACCCAGUUCAAAUCCAAUUCGAUUCACCAACCCCCCAAAACCCUAAUUCCCAAUUUGUGAGCCAUCGCAAAUUAGGAAAGGUCGAAAUGGCUUUGACCCACACGCAUUUAUACUCUCUGCCUCCGUCAAUGUCUUUGUUUCUUGGCUUCAAUGGCUGCCAAAGCUUCGUGCUUUUUCUGCAAGGCCGAGAGUGAUCAGUUCGUUAAUGGCUGGGAGCUCAAGGAUGGGUCUUUCGCCCAGCUCUGCAAGAAAUGCGGUUUUGCUUAUGUGAAUGGUAUAUUUUGUGAAACCUUUCACAUGGAAGCAGAAGGCUGGAGAGACUGUGCUGUUUGUGGGAAGCCACUCCAUUGUGGGUGCAUUAUGUCACGCCACAAGUAUGCACCACUGGAUUUCGGAGGCGUAGGUUGCACAAAAUGCUUACUAGAAGUUGAUCAAUCUAUUGCUUCAGGUCGAAUGACCAGAAUGCUGAAAGAAAUAGUUGCCAAGUACAAGAUGGACCCAACAGUUUCAUCUGAUCCUACUAAGAAAGUUUUUGAGUCCCUUUUUCCUGAAUCUUUACAAGCUCCAGCACCUCAGAUUGGAGAAGAAUCCAAUACGGAUGCAUCUAAAGGAGAUACAGCUUGUGAAGCCAAAGUAGGCACUGAAAUACCUCAAGUGGAUGCCUCCACAGGAAACCAUUUACACCCUGACAAUCUGCCGAAGAUGACAAGGGCUGAGCAACUCCAAAAAGUCUCCAGAAACUUAAACUCUGAUCUUAUACCUCUGUUUGAGAAGUCAUCAACCGUAAGUGAUACUAAUCACAGUACAGGAUUUCUUGUGAUACCGUAGAAAUAUGCAGAGUUCGAAAGCAACAACCUUCAGUUAAUUACUCCAACACCUAUAGAAACAAGUCUAAAACAGACAAGGAACAAUCUCCAAGGGACAUUGAAACAGGUCUAACACCUGUAGAUACAAGUCUGAAAGCAGACCAGGAACAAUCUCCAAUGGAUGUGGUAACAAAUCCAAUGCCUAUAGAAACAAAUCAGAAAACAAACCAGGAGCAAUCUCCAAGGGACAAUGAAACAGGUCCAACGCGUGUAGAUACAACUCUGAAACCAGACCAGGAACAAUCUCCGAUGGUUAUGGAAACAAGUCCAGUGCCUAUAGAAACAAAUCAGAAAACGAACCAGGAACAAUCUCUAAGGGACUUUGAAACAGGUCCAACACCUGUAGAUACAAGUCUGAAAACAGACCAGGAACAACCUCCAAAGGAUAUGGAGACAAGUCCAAUGCCUGUAGAAACAAGUCAUAAAUCAGACCAGGGACAAUCUCCAAAGGAUAUGGAAACAGGUCCAACGCCUGUAGAAACAAGUCUGAAAACAGACCAGGUUCAACACCUGAAGAAAUAAAUCUGAAAACAGACCAGGUAAAAAGCUUCUUUUGGAGCAUUCGCCCCCGUUACAACAUACCGCUAUAAUUUCCAGUUCUACUUUGAUUUACUUUUCAACAAGGAAAGUUGUACUUUUACUUUUAAGUAUAUACCAAACAAAGAAGCUACUGCUUUGUAAUUGAGUUAUGAUAUGUGAUAUCAUUGCUUCCAAUAGGAACAGUCUCCCAAGGGAUAUGGAAACUAGUCCAAAACAGACUAGGACUGUGAACCCUGUGCUAUCCUUGGAUGGGUGAAGGCCUUUUAUGCAAUUAGAGUUCAUAGAAGUCAUCCAUCUCCAUUAGGGUUUUCAAACUUUCUGCGCGGAAGUGGAAAUUGAGUAAUUUUCUUUGUUGUUUCCAUUGAAUCUUAUGACUGUAAUGUGAAUGAUAGAGGAGAUUAUAAUUUUCAGCCAUUUAUAAGUUUAAGUGCACUUCAAAUAUACUAUGAUCGAGAACAAAUUUUGAAGAUAUAAAACGAUCAUCACAAAACAGAGG